CCAUUUCAGUUGAUCGCCGUCGUUUCAACCGAACGAACGUAGUUUUAAUCCAAUAUCAAUUUUAAAUUGUUGUUUUUUCUGUAUUGUCGUUAAACAUUCACAAACGACUGGGGUAUUGGAAGCGGUUAUGAGAAACAAUUAAAAAUAAUUUAGCCGACUAAUAACUCAAUUAUCUAAUAACAAGAAAUAUCGAGAAUUAUAAAAUAAAAUCCAUUUUCAAGUAUAAUUAGUGAGACAAAAAGGUGAGAAAAGAAAAUGUUCAAAAUACUGUUACCGAUCGUCGGUGUGAUGCUCGCGCACACCUUAGGCUAUCCACAGAGUAUCCAAGAUAACAUUGACAGUGUAUUUGGUCCACAAAGCCCGACAACGCGACGUCCUGCCAAUAACCGUGGAGCAGGAGUCAUUGUAACGCCCGAACCGAUCGUCGAUCCAACGCAAAGUCCACAAACAUUCGUCAACAAUGGACAGCAAUGUCUUUGUGUGCCCUAUUACAUGUGCGAUCCGACAAAUCAAACCGUUGUUGACGACGGCGGUGUGGUUGAUGGUUUUGGUGUAAUUGAUAUUAGAUUUGAUCCUCAAUCUUGUCAGGAUGUGUUAGAUGUAUGUUGCAAUUCUGACAAACAAAAAGAGGUACCAAUUGUGCCAGUACCAAUUGAACAAAAACCAGGUCGCGCAUCGGGCUGUGGCAUAAGGAAUGUUGGUGGCAUCGACUUUCAAUUGUCGGGAAAUUAUAAUAAUGAAGCCGGCUUUGGUGAAUUUCCAUGGACUGUUGCACUAAUUAAAAUUUCUGAUGAUUCUUGCGUUUGCGGUGGAUCUCUUAUACAUCCGAAGGCAGUGUUGACUGGAAACCAUUGUGCCAAAGCAUUUAUAAACGACGCUAAAGACUUGAAAAUUCGAGCUGGAGAAUGGGACACACAAACCACAAAAGAACGACUGCCCUACCAAGAACGAAUUGCUUCAAGAAUAUUCAGCCAUCCGAACUAUAACGAACGAUCGUUGGCUAAUGAUGUUGCUAUUAUUGAACUUGAAGAUCCAUUCCAGCUGGAUCAGCAUAUUAACACUAUCUGUCUACCACCAUCCGGUUAUGUUUCAUCGAGCAAAAACUGUUUCGCUAGUGGAUGGGGGAAAGACGUUUUCGGUAAAGAAGGCAAAUUCAGUGUUAUUCAAAAGAAAGUCCCACUGCCAAUCGUUCCGUUCAAUGAAUGCCAAUCAGCUCUUCAACAGACGAGAUUGACCAGCAAAUUUCGAUUGGAUACGUCGUUUAUCUGCGCAGGCGGAGUGCCCGGAGUAGACACAUGUCAGGGUGAUGGCGGAGCGCCUCUUUCUUGUCCGGUAGGAAACCCAUCACAGAAUCGCUAUUCACAAAGUGGAAUUGUGGCAUGGGGAAUUGGUUGCAACGAAGAUCAUCCAGCUGUGUACGCUAAUGUCGCAUUGGCACGUGAUUGGAUUGACUCUCAAAUCCGGUACAUCGGCCUUGACACCAGCUAUUACACUUACUAAAAACAACAUGAAUUUGACGGCAUUGAAAUAAUAUGUACUGUGAUAAGCGAGUCAGUAAAUGUUUAAUUUGAUUUAUCAA